AUGAAUAAGGGCCCGGGAGGCUCCGCGGGCGCCCUCCCGAGGCGUCGGGCCCCUAGCGCCGGAGGGGGCCCCCACGCGCGCUGGCCGCCUCCCCCGCGCCCCGGAAGUUUGCGAACUCACUCCCCCACAGCGCCCCGCGGGACGCGCGCCCCGGCCCCGCCAGCUCGGGCGCCGAGGUGGCCGGGUGCGGAGGACCGAGGCGGCGGGGCGGCCCGAGAGCAGAAAUCGCUGUCCAGCCCCAUUGGCGGAACCGCCCGGGCCGCGGGGCUGACUCAACCCGCCCGGCCGCACUCAACGGCGCCUUCCGGCGAAAGGGAGAGGCCGGAGAGGGAGGGGGACGCGAGGGCCGCGGGCCGACGAGGGGCUGCGGCGGGACCUGGGAGCAGGAGAACGGGGAAGAAGUUUCAGGACCAGCGCCACAAGCAGCUCCGCUCCUCAGGACUGACUCGAAGGACGCCCGGGCCCGUGCGGAGGCGACGGCCCGGCCUCGACUGGGGAGGGGGUCCUGGCUCCACACCGCUCCCCAAGGACGCCCCCGGCCCAGCCCCCGGGCCGCGCCGGUGUAACCCGAUCCCGCUCGGCCGCCCGCCCCCGCCCGGCGCUGCGGCCGCCGCCGGAGCCACAGUAUCUGCAAAUCAGCCCUGGACAGCGCCUCGCUCCGCGUCCUUCCGCGAGGAGGGGCGGGAGACCCGGCGCCGCCGCUCCUUCUCUGACUACUUUUCUUUGUUGCUGGAGUUUCGGGGGGAGGGGUGGGGGAGGAUGGAAAAGUUGGGCGCUGGGGACGUCGAGGCCCGCAAAGGCCCAGGAGUGGGACUGCAGAGAAUGCUUAGGCCGCCGGCUCUCGCUCUGCCGUCCCGGCCACCGCCGUCGCCGCCGCCGCCGGGGUCCGUGGCCCGGGGCCUCGGCGGCGCUUGCUCUGCUGCUGCGCCGCGAGCUCGCGGGAGCCGCACAUUCCAGCACAGGAGGCUGCGCCGCGCACCCAGCCCGCGCCGCCGCCGCCGCCCGCGGGACACGCCCCCUCCACCGCCCGCGCGCGCCCGCGGGACACGCCCACCCCGCCGCCCGCGCGCGUGGCCGCCCGGCGCGCCCCGCCCCUUGGCGAAGGGGUUUGCUCUGGGCCCUGGCUGGGCUGUGGGCGCGCCUACCCGGAGCCGCACCUAA